ACGACGGUGUGCGUUCCUCUGCCGAGUUGGCUCAAGGCACGUGGCUGGGACGGCUGGUCGGUAGUCCUCCACUGAAGGCGUGGGGUCAUCUUUAUUCGCGCGGUGGCGGAUUUCUGCACGCGAUGACAUCACGGAUGGUCGUUGUCACCAUUCGGGCCAUGUUUUCGUUUUUCUUCGUCGCUGGGACCGCAGAGUGGACUUCGCAAAAGGAGGGCGAGAAGAUUGCGGCGGACGCCAACAGGUCGAAGAAGAAGCUCGCAGAGAUUGAAGCGAUCAGACGGUCUUCGAGCGACGCGGAUCUGCUUCUGAAGAACAAUACGCACAUUUUGGGGAUCAUCAAUGAGACCUUGACCAGACGUAAAAGCGCAGACGUGAGAAUACUUCACAAGAUAGAGGGCCAAACGAAGGUUUUGGAGCAGGACGCGAAGGUUCGAUCAGAGAAGAAGGCGGCCCUGAGCAGUGCCACUGACAAGGCAUCGCGGGCUUCCGCGGCUGCCAAGCAGGCGAGGCACGCCCUGGAAGAGGCGAACCGCACCUUCGCGCGCAAGCUGGCGGACAAGCGGAGCGUGGAGGCGGCCCUGUCGAAGGCGAAGGAGCACCUGGAGGACGUCGUCCAGAACAUCGGGUCCUCGGACGUCAUUGCAGCGGACAUGGACGUGAAAGACAAGGC